AUGAACGAGAUACAAAAAUUCUUGGAAAAUGGAAAAGAAAUGAAAGUUUUCGAUGCUAGCGAUGGAGUCGACCCGCGCGAAGAAGAAGAAAUGAAGCAAUGGUUUCUGAUUAUCGGUUUUCUUGGUCUUCCAGCUUUCAUCCUUUUCUUUUCGAUUCUGUUUUUGAUGUACGAUUGGAACGGAGUGAUUCAACACAUUGGACGGAACAUCUGCGGCUUAGAGACGAAAAAUAGUUCGAAGAGUCAUGGAAGUCGAAUUACUGAAAGCUACAGUAACAAAGUUAUCUGUAGACAGCCAGAAAGCGCGACUGUAAAUAAAUUUCUCACGCGAGUGUAA